UUUCUUGUAUUGAUGCAGUUGUGAUUCCUUUUGUGUGCCUAGCUACUGGGUUCUUCUUUAUUUGUUUUGUUAACUCCGAAUUGGGUGUUUAGGAGAUGUCUGAGAAAUUCUCGGCAACAUUGAGGAUAGGGGAUCUGAAUGAUUUCAUAGCACCUUCUCAGGCAUGCAUAGUUUCUCUCAAGGGGCUUAAAGCCACUGCCACGAAGCCGGAUAAAGUUGAGGUUUCGGCUUCUAGGAUGCAAUUGAAAGCAGAACCAGUUAAGAUUUCACUGAAGGAUUGCUUAGCAUGCAGUGGUUGUGUAACAUCAGCUGAGACUGUCAUGCUGGAGAAGCAAAGUUUGGACGAAUUUCUUUCCAACUUAAACAAAGGAAAGGUUGUAAUUGUCUCAUUAUCACCACAAUCCAGAGCUUCACUUGCUGUCCAUUUUGGUAUCUCUCCCUUGAAGGUUUUCAAGAAACUGACGACAUUUUUUAAGUCCAUGGGAGUGAAAGCUAUAUUUGAUACAAGUUGCAGUAGAGAUUUAACCUUAAUUGAAGCUUGCAAUGAGUUCAUAGCAAGGUAUAGAAACAGCCAGCAAGACAAUGAAGAAAAAUGCAAGUCAUCAGUUCCUAUGAUAUCGUCAGCAUGCCCAGGAUGGAUAUGCUAUGCUGAGAAGCAACAUGGAUCCUACAUUUUGCCUUACAUAUCAUCAGUGAAGAGUCCUCAGCAAAUGAUUGGAUCAAUAGUCAAGCAUCAUAUGUGCCAAAAGUUGGGUAUUAGGUCAGAUGAUGUUUACCAUGUUACUGUGAUGCCCUGUUAUGAUAAGAAACUGGAGGCAGCCAGGGAGGAUUUUGUUUUUCAGUUGGACUCGGCAACAACUCUGGAGGCUGAGGCCCACAGAAUCACAGAAGUAGAUUCAGUAUUGACAUCUGGUGAAGUUCUAGAAUUGAUACAGAUGAAAGAGGUGGAUUUUAAGAGCUUAGAAGAAUCCCCUUUGGAUAGAAUGCUGACUAAUGUUAAUGAAGAAGGGCAUCUUUUUGGAGUUAGUGGAAGUUCUGGUGGUUAUGCAGAAACAAUUUUUAGGCAUGCUGCAAAGAUACUCUUUGGCAAAGAUAUUGAAGGCCCUUUGGAAUUCAAACUUAUUCGAAAUUCAGAUUUCCAGGAGCUCACGCUUGAGGUGGAAGGGAAGACUUUGUUGAAGUUUGCACUAUGUUAUGGAUUCGAAAUCACAAAUGUUGUCAGAAUAAAAACAGGAAAAUGUGACUACCAUUUUCUGGAGAUUAUGGCUUGCCCUUCAGGUUGUCUAAAUGGAGGGGGUCAAAUUAAACCCAAGCCUGGACAAUCAAAGGACUUGAUUGAGUUAUUAGAAGCUGCUUAUCAGGAAAACGUUUUAAUGAGAGAUCCUUUUGAUAAUCCGGUGGUGAAAGAAAUUUACAAGGAGUGGCUGGAGGAACCAGGUUCAGAGAAGGCAAAGAAGCAUUUGCACACUGAAUACCACCCAGUGGUAAAAAGCAUUACUGCUCAACUCCACAACUGGUAACAAAAUACCACUCUUAACCAUAGAAUUUUGUAGCACAAAAGCUGAAAACUAGAUGAAUUAUAACCGAGUUUUGGAGAGAUUUAUGCCUCAUGCUUUGCUGUGAAUGCGAUAGUCACCUGUGGUUCACUCCUGGAAAGAGAAGGCCCAAUUUUGAUAGAAUUUAACACUUGAAAAUGUAAUUCUUGUUCUUCCACCUCACCUAAAUUGGCCUCUGCAGGUCUUCAUCCUGUACAUGAUCUGUAUUUAUGUUGUAAGAUAGAAGAAGAAAAAGGAAAUAGUUUGAUUUCUUGUUACAAUUUUUUAUAACCAGUGUUUUUUUUCUUUUCUUUUUGGUAUUUAUUAUUGUUUUGUUUUUCUUCUUUAUGAAUAAACAUACUCAAACAUACUCUCUGUUGAUGAAGAAGAUUCAACUGUCUAAAUAUAUUGUUGAGCGAAUGUCCUAUUU